AUGGUUCGCUCGAGGGGCGGAUGUCCGAACUGCAAGCGACGGAAGCGGAAAUGCGACGAAACGCGACCAGAAUGCCGGGCAUGUCAGACAAGAGGGAUCCAGUGUGAAGGUUACAACACUACGCUUAAAUGGACCAACGGAAUAGCCUCGAGAGGUCGGUUUGCUCGGGCAGCGGUCCCUGAGCGUGCCGCCCGCGAUCCAGAUCCAACCCCGGCAACGUCCUCAUCCUAUCCGCCGACCAUCGAUGAUCCACAACCCCGCGUUAGCUCCAUCUCUUCAUCGCCUGCAUCCCUUGGGGCCCAAGGUCUUCAGAUCCGCUCCGCUCCGCAACUAGAUACUCAAGGGUCACAGCUAAGCAUCUCUUCCUUGACAUCCUCUUCCACCGGCGACGUCAUCGACCCGAAACAGCAGCUGUUCCGAAGAUGUAAGUUGUCACAAGCUGCCGCAAGCUAUAUCAUCCCUGCUGCGGUCAUCCACACAGGAAUGAAUCGGCUUUACAACACAGACAGUCAGGGGUGGCUUAAAGGCCAUUUUGUGGCAAUGGCUGAGAGAAGUCCAGCCUUUUUCAACGUCUGUGGAGCCAUCCAAGCAUAUAUCGAGGACGGACUCUCAGUGUCAUCGAUGGAGCUUGUUGAUCAUGCCCUUCAAACGUUUCGAUCGGAGUUAGAAAGCCGACAUGAGUCUUAUGAUGCAUCUACCGUAUCGGCCGGCCUUCUCAUUUGUACACAAUGUUUACUCCAAGGUCGACCAUGGACAAUAUAUCUUCAGCUCAUGGCCGACCUCUAUCAUUUAGAAACGGAAUUGGGCCGCCUUUUACCUGCAGCUGAUCACAACCCCACAGUCCAACACACCAUUGAAGUUUUAUCGGUAAUGGACAUGCAGCCCAUGGUAAUUGGGAGAAGGACUCCGAGCAUGGGCAUUUGGCGUCACCUCCGCAAAGUACAAGACAGCUGGCAAGGAGGCAGGAUGGGUGGCAUCGAAGUUGUCUCAGGGAUGCCGCGGACUCUCCUUGAUAUUCUCGCCGACAUAAGGAGCAGCGACGCGCAAGAAUUAGAGGCUCGUUUAUGGGAUUGGCCGGGAGAAGUUGGGCUAUAUGCCCAAUGCAUUCUCUGGGACUGUUGGAGGUACACAGCAGUCUUACACGUGAGAAGAAUUGAGCGAAUGGAGAACAAGAUGAGGCCAUCUGUCGAAGCAAUUCAACACGUGGUUGAAGCCGGAAAGACGAUACCCUUCCCCUCACGAGAGGUCAUUCUAUGUCGCCUAGUGGCAUCGGUUUAUGCUUUGCACCGAGCCAUCGAACUGCCCGCAAACAAACAUCUGCUGGUUCACAACGGGCUCAUUUACCCAUUGGUAAUAGGCAGCUUGGAAGUCCCACUUUUGGUUUCACACCCAGAGUGGAAGCAGGUCUUUGACGAUGUGCGGACAUUGUUUCUAGAAAACGACUCUUCCCGCCUCAUCAGCUCGGUUGUCGAGGUUCUCGAAGAGGCAUGGAAGGAUGGAUCAGACACAUAUGAUAUCGAAGAAGCAGCUCAGUCCCGCGAAGUUGAACUUCCGAUCUUUUAA